AUGCCCAUCACGAUACUCCAGCCCCGGCCGGUGCCACAGCCACGCCCCCCGGUCGCCCUCGCCGACUCGUCAGACUCGGACUCGGAUGGCGGCGCAGACAUUCAGGGCGACGUGUCCAUGCGCGGCGCCGCCCCCAAGAAACCCCGGCGGGCAAGCCUCGACGACGACGACGAUGAGGCCCAUGAGAUUCUCACGCCCGGCAGCGUCAUCACUUCAAACCCGCAAUGGAUGCGAGGCCACGGCACAUACGUCCCCCCCAACUCGUCAUCCAUCACCUCCUCCCUCGCCGGUAUCCUCACCCGCACAAACAAGCUCCUCUCGGUGCGCCCCCUUCGCGCGCGCUACACCCCCGAGAUCGGCGACCUCGUCGUCGGGCGCAUCGCCGAGGUCCAGGCGCGCAGGUGGCGCGUCGACGUGGCCGCCGCGCAGCUCGCCGUGCUGCAGAUCUCGGCCGUCAACCUGCCCGGUGGCAUCCUGCGCAAGCGCACCGAGACGGACGAGCUGCAGAUCCGCUCCUUCUUCGCAGAGGGCGACCUCGUCGUCGCAGAGGUCCAGCAGCUGCACCAGGACGGCGCGGCGAGUCUGCACACGCGCUCGCUCCGCUAUGGCAAGUUGCGAAACGGCCUCUUUGUCUGUGUCUCGGGAACCGGCGGUGGCGGUGGGGUUGUGCGAUCGAAGAGGCAGGUCUGGACUGCCGAUGCGGCGAAUGGCGCGGGCAAGAUUGAUGUACUGCUCGGCGUCAACGGCUACAUCUGGGUCAGCAAACACGUCGAGCCCGACGCCGCCGCCGCCACAGCAGCGGACGCCUCUCCGGGCAUCAAUCGCUUGGAAGAGAGCGUCAGUAGCAGGGCAUACUCGAGCCAAAACGACCACAUCGACGUCGCCACCAUGCGGGAGAUUGCCCGCUUCCGCAGCGUCAUCCUGGCCCUCGUCGAAAACGGCCUGCGCGUCGAUGAGCACACCGUCACCAGGGCCUACGACGAGGCCGUCGAGAUGGGCAGGGAGUCGGUCCACGACGACCUGUACCUAGGAGGAGAAAAGGGCCAGAGGCUGGCGGCCAUUUUGUCCGCAUAUUGA